GUCUAAUUAAACCCCCACCACGUAAUCCCAACGAAACCAUCCCCCCCCCGUUUAAAUCCACUCCAGCGGCGCUCUACACUUAAACACACCGUCCUCCUCCACUAUCCCGUCCCGGCCUGGCCUCAGAAGAAGAAGAAGAAGAAACGCCAGCAUCAUCAUCAGCAGCACCGCAGCACCAUCACUGCUGCUUCUCGCCUGCACGUAAGAGGCAGACGCAGCAGCAGCAGCAGCAGGCCAGUCAGCGGACGGAGAUCGGUCCUACACCGCUGUUCAUCACGAGCACGGGGAGGAAGGAGUCUGGAGCACAGCGAGCAUCCCGCAUCUCUACCCGGCUGUCCUGAACAACAGCCCCGCUGAACCUGGAACUGAGAUACUCAUCCACUCCACGGACACUGUCGCGGAUUAAUAGGGUGUGGGGGAAAAAAAACGGGUCUGGCUAGUGCUAUAGUCACUAUUGUUGUCAAGGAAACCAAGAGUCCUGUCCUGUUGCCAUGGGGAAACAGAACAGCAAGCUGCGGCCAGAGAUGCUGCAGGACCUCCGAGAAAACACGGAGUUCUCUGACCACGAGCUGCAGGAGUGGUACAAGGGAUUCUUAAAGGAUUGCCCAAGUGGAACCCUAAAUGUGGAGGAGUUCAAGAAAAUCUAUGCCAAUUUCUUCCCUUACGGUGAUGCCUCUAAAUUUGCUGAGCACGUCUUCCGCACAUUUGACACCAAUGGCGACGGGACAAUAGACUUCCGGGAGUUCAUCAUCGCCUUGAGUGUGACAUCACGGGGCAAACUGGAGCAGAAACUGAAAUGGGCCUUCAGCAUGUACGACCUGGAUGGAAAUGGGUACAUCAGCCGUGACGAGAUGCUGGAGAUUGUACAGGCCAUCUACAAGAUGGUGUCAUCUGUGAUGAAGAUGCCAGAGGAUGAAUCCACGCCGGAGAAGAGGACAGAUAAAAUCUUCAGACAAAUGGACCUCAAUAAUGAUGGUAAACUGUCCCUGGAGGAAUUCAUCAAAGGUGCCAAAAGCGACCCCUCCAUCGUCCGGCUACUUCAGUGCGACCCAAGCUCAGCUUCCCAGUUCUGAACGCCCCUCCACAUCCCAACCCUGUGACAACCCUUUCCUCCUCACCCUCUCUGUUGCUAUUGAAACGGUCACUCAAAUCAAUGCAUGCUGCUUCUCGUCUCUCAUAUCAACUGUUCUGUUGUUAUUUUAUGAAAUAACGAAUGACGAAAUAUUAAGGAGGCUGAGAAUUAGUCAUCACUAUCAUUUUACUUUUUAUCUUUAUAUGUGGGAAGGAUUGAAGGGACAUGCAUAGGUCAAAAGAUCUGUCGAUAGUGGAGUCUACUUAUGUUCCUGAAUAUCUCUCACUUCCUCUAGAACAUUGGAUUCCCAGGGAAUGUUUUUUUUCUUUGCAGGGUGGGGAUUGCUCCGUUUGCCCUCCAACACAUGUAUAUCAUGUAUAUACUGUACGUCUAUGUAUAUCAUAAGAUGAAGUACAUGUUUCUUCAUGUAUGGUGCACUCUCUUUGGCAUUGAAAGGCAGUAUUAUGUAGCGUAGCUUCCAGGUCUGAUCUAAACAGAAGAGCGGGGCAGAGAUGGGUGGGGGAGGGAUAUUAUUGGGAUUUUACUGCUAUAUGAUCUUUCGCUGAGAAAAAGAAGGCCUAAGAUCCCAUUUGUUUUUUAUUGAUAUACUGGCAUCUUUUGUUGAUUUUUGAAUUAGAAUGUUGCUUCAUGUUGUACAUAUUUUUUUUCCUCCGUCAUGCCGUUUUAUUUAUUAAUUUGUUUUCUUAUUAUUGUCCUCUUACUUUUACAUGUUGUAAAGCAAAAUUACCAUGUUCCAGUUUACAGUUACACAGAGUAAGAAAAUUGUCAUGAGAAUAUUGUCUUGGGGAUUUGUGGCUUAUUGUGGAAUGAAGGGAAACCGUAAUGCGUAUGAUGAAGGACACCCGAAGAACAUAUCGUUUGAGCAGCUAUGUGUUUAUUAAGUAUGGUUGUGCAUUUGGUAAGGACGAGUGUAUGUGCAUGUUCAUAUGCACUGUUUGCUUGAAGCUAACUUUUACAGUAUUAUUAUGUCGUGUUGUUUCUUAAUUUGUAAUUCUUUGACAUUGAGCAGUAAACUUAAGAUAGUCGUUAGCCGUCACUAUACUGCAUGAUCCUAUGAACCAAAAUAUGACAACACCCACAAAAAACAGAAAACAUACAGCAGUAUCUUUUUUGUAGUUUUGCAGCCUCCUCAAGACUGUACCAAAAAGAAAUCAAUUAUUUGUCUUGCCCCCCCCCCCCUUUACACACACACACACACACACACACAUAUAAACACCAUAACCGUUUUCCUCUGACUGACAGAGAACUUUGUAAGGGCUCGUUCAUCACUCUCUAGCUCAGUGAUUCUCAAAGUGGCGCCCCAGGACCCCCCAGGGGUCCGCGAACCAUAGCUUGGGGGUCCGCGGAAUAAUUUACAAACAAUUGUAAAUGACCAUUCGUUCAUUCAUAGCAUUGAAAAAGCAUAUCUACAAACUGGGACCUCUUGCACCAAUAAAAUCAGCUAUUUUGUCCAAUACUCCCGCCCACUUUAGUUUUGUGCCAUUAGAUCGAUUCUGAUAUGAUCGUGACAUGUCUGUCACAAUAAAACUCAAAACAACAAACACAUCGGAGCCAACAUUUUCUCAAAGUUUAUCAAAUGAAUUACUUGGAAAGUAUAAAUGUAGCCUAAUUCUAUCGUUGCAAAGUACUAUAUAGUACAUUAUUACAUAGUAUUAAUAGCUUAUCAACGAUACAAUAAUGAGGGGGGUCCUUGGAAAAAUGUCUCUCUUGAAAGUGGUCCUAAAAAAGUUUGAGAACCCCUGCUCUAGCUGAAUGCUUUUAUAACCUCCCGGAUAAGUCUGCAGAGCAGUUAGAUGAAGGGACAUGUUUCAGGUGAUCAGAGCAGGUUCAGAUGUUUUAACAAGAGUUUCAGGAUAUCCAAACAUGAAGUGUGCAGUGACCAAGAUCAUUGGCAGUAAUUUCACAAGCAUUCAAAAGACAUCCACAACACUUCUGAUCCUUUUAGAGCACAAAGAAAGUGAAACUAUUUAAGACACCGCAUCAAAGUUUCUCCGUUUUUUUCAGGAAAUGCCAGACUUCAGACCACUUCACAGAACAUUAACCCCAUCUGACAUACUGUGCAUGCAUGCAUAAACAUACACACUAUCAUAUAUUAACAAUUUAAGGCCUCUAUUGUCAGAUCACUCUUGCAGUCUUGUGUUUAGGAGGUUACACAAAUUCUGAUUGUGAGGACUCAAACAUAUGUCAUGUUACAUUUUUGCCUUUGCUGGAUAGAACAGCAGGAGAGAGACAGGAAAUGUGGGACAGAGAUAGCGGGGAUGUCGUGCACCAAAUGAGCGCAGGUCAGGAGUCGAACCAGAGGACCAGUGUGUCGAAGGCCUUUGCCUCUGUAUAUGUAGUGUCUCUUACACUGACUGAGCAAAACCAGCACCACAGAUUAUUUUUCAAACUGAGAUUUUAACCCAUAAGUACCAAAUAACUGGACAAGUUAUAAUGUUGCACUGCAAUGUUAAAAACGCCCAAUGUUGUAUUUCAAUUAACUUUCACUGAACACAUUAUUGGAUAAUGACCCAAUAAUAUAGAAUCAUAAUAAUAACAUAUUAAUCCAGCUGUCAGGGUUCUUUAAUUCAUCGAAUACAUUUGGAUUCAUACUUAGUUAAAUCGAGAUAUUUUUCAGAAUUAUUUUGAUACUAAAUGGUCUGAAGAGUUUUUCAGCCACUGAUAUUUGGCAAACCAAUCAUUUUAAUUUGAUAACUUCAAUGGCCUUAUAGUCUACCUCUUCUCGGUGAAAAGGAUUCAGUAUUUAUUCCAUAUGUAUUAUUAUGUAAGAAAAACACUUUUGAAAUGUUGCACUCAAGUGCUCAAUCUAAGUCCAGGCUAAGGCAGUGAAUGUGUUAGCAGCUCCAUACAGCAGGUGUAGACAGGUACAACUUCUUACACAGAGGAAGGUGAGGGAUUAAAACCCUGCACAUGCACAUCACACUUUGCUCAUUUCCCAUUCCGCCCCACAGGACAAAAAAACACUUUUUUCUAUCUAGUCAGGGAAUUACUUCUGUCUUACCACCUGCCAAACAUCUUGCUUUGCUCAAACUGGACAAUAUUAGCCGAAUAGAUGUGGGGCCGAGAACUUCACUCCCACACAAUUGUGUUAAAUUGUGGCAAAGUGAACUCUCUCAAAUGAGGGCCUGGUAGUUUUGAUGGUGUGGCUGCAACCAUUUGACAUUAGGACUGACCUGGGAUUAACUUGUACCAAACCUUUGCACAGGAGCUUCCUAACCAGCCACACCUCUGCUUUGGAAAUCCUUUAGUGUCACUGCCUUCUGCUGGUAGGAUAAGGAACAACAACUGCUUUACCCUUAUCUGAAACUGCUUUCUAUUUUCACUGCCUCUUAUGAACUGGUACCUUGUGUUGCAGAAUUACACCCUCUUUUUUUUUUUUUUUUAUUUCUUUCCUCCUAACCUCCCUUUCCUUCCUUCCUAUAUUUCUGUUGCAUGAAAACCUCACAUGAGGAUGUCAUGAUUGUUCUGUUGGACCUGAAAGCAAAAUACACCUAUGUGUUUCAAAGCUG